CUUGCUCUUGACGUUACCUCCACCAAGGCUGAAACACGCGACUCGUUUUCGACAUACUUCAUCCAGUCGUUGACAUCAUGUCUCUUGUAAUACCCGACGAAGAGCAACAGAAAGUGGUAAGAGCUGCCCUCAAUGAAGAUGUUAACACGAGACAAAGAGACUUGGAGGCGAUUAAAGAGUGGUUGAGGAAAGAACCGCAUCUUCCGGACACCUGGGAUGACGUCGCUUUAAUGAACUUCUUGCGUGGUUGUAACUUCUCCCUCGAGCGCACAAAACGCAAAAUCGACAUGUAUUUCACAAUGCGAGCCGCAAUUCCCGAAUUUUUCACCAAUCGUGACGUCACACGUCCCGAACUCCAGGAAAUCAUAAAAUUGAUGCGUGCGUCCGUUAUGCCCGGCUUAACAGCCGACUGUAAACGUGUGACAGUUGCUGGUGCAUCAGCUGUUGAUUUUGACACACCUGACAUAGCCAACUUUAUGAAAAUCGCACUUAUGUUGGGGGAUUUACGUCUCCGAAUGGAAAAAGUGGGCGUGGCUGGUGACGUAUACGUACUUGAUGCCAGUGUUGCCAUUUUGAAGCAUUUCGUGAAAGUUUCACCAGCAAUUGUUAAGAAGUUUUUUGUUUGUGUACAAGAGGCGUAUCCUGUCAAGGUCAAGGAAGUUCACGUGAUCAAUGCCACGCCUCUUGUUGAUUUUAUAAUCAAGUGGGUGUCGCCGUUUUUGAAGGAGAAAAUCCGGAAGAGGAUUCAUGUACAUCCGGAUUUGGAGUCGUUGUUCCGGUUUGUUCCAAGGGAGUUGCUCCCGGAGGAGUUUGGGGGGACUGCAGGGAAGGUCAAUGAACAUAUGGAGAAGUGGAUAGAGGCGUCGAAAAGGGAGAAGGCGUGGUUUGAGAAAGAGGAAGGGGUGAAAGCUGACGAAUCAAAACGGCCGGGGAAACCCACGUGUCAUGAGGAGUUGUUUGGAUUGGAAGGCAGUUUUAAACAAUUGGCGAUCGAUUGAGAGGGGGAAAUUUAGUAGAAUUUUUUGAUUUUUUUACUUUUAUAAUUAUGUUGUGUAUAAUUAUUUAUUAAAUUUUUUUGGAGGUA